UGGCCCCUUUUACCUCUCUGAGCUCAUCCGCCCCUACACACCUGCCCGGCGCCUCAGGUCUGUGGACCAGACAUUAUUAGAAGUACCAAGAACUAAACUGAGGCUCAAAGGGGAUCGAGCCUUUUCUGUUGCAACAGAAGCAAGACACAAAGCAGGAAGAGGAUUCCCUGACCCUCACUCAAGUAAAUGAAUUACUCCAGCAACAUAAAGAACUUUUUACGGCGCUCUUGCAACAACAACAGGAAAAUUUCAAAGGAUUUGUCAAGAUGAUAGUAGACUCAACAAACUCACGACUUGACACUUUUACCGGGGAAGUCCAAGAAACAAAAACCAGCAUCAACUUUACCCAAAAAGAGGUAGACGACAUUAAAAAAAAUCUAAUCUGUCAAACUGGCCAUUCCAAAGACAUGCAAACGGAAUUCUACAAAGUAUGUGACAGCAUGCUUGUAUUAACGGACAAGGUGGACUACUUGGAAGGACAGUCAAGAAGAAACAACUUAGUAAUUGAUGGAAUUGAGGAAAAACCGGGAGAAACGUGGACUGAAACAGAGGAAAAAGUUCAAAAAAUCCUUAAGGAGAAACUGCUGAUACAGGGGCAAAUUGAGGUGGAGAGAGCUCACCGCACAGGAAGACAAGACCCUGGAAGACCUUGACCAAGGCCAGUUGUGGUGAAAUUUCUAAGAUACAAAGACAGAUCAAGGAUCCUACAAAAAGCAAAAUACUUAAAAGGCUCCAACUUCUACAUCAACGAAGACUUUACAGAUGCCGUACGACAAAAAAGAAAAGAGCUCCUCCCAAAAUUAAAAGCUGCAUGUGACAGAGGGGAAACUGCCUACUUAAGACAUAACAAACUUAUUGUCCACCCCCGCACCAGUACUCCAACACAACAGGCUCGAGGUCAACACCAUCAAGCAGCAUACUGAGAAUUUUUCACCACCCAACAAUAAAAACUCUGACCCUACUGAAGCAGGAAAUUCACAUACCAAAAAACAUGGACUUCGAAUCAUUUGAUGACCCUCCCAACCCUUUGAUGACUUCCAACCCUACUGACCACAAGACGUUUGACCCUGAGAACAACUUGGACCCGGACAAUAACUUUUUCAAGACCGACCGACCGCGAGGGAGCCAGCGACGACCGACCGUGAGGGAGCCAGUGAUGACCGCGAGGGAGCCAGCGACGACCGACCGGAAGCCAGCGACCGUGAGGAAGCCAGGAGACAAACAAGCCAGCGCGCGUGAGAGAGCCGGGAGGCAGCCAGCCGGCGAGCGUGAGGGAGUCGGCGACGACCGCAAGGGAGCCAGCGACCACGAGGGACCCAGUGAUGACGGCGAGAGAGCGUGCGACGACAGCGAGGGAACCAACGACGGCCGUGAGGCAGCCAUCGAAGACCGUGUGGGAGCGGGAAAUUCACAUCCCAAAAACAUGAACUUCCAACCCUUUGAAGAUAUUGAUCCCGAGAACAAUUUGGACCCAGACAAUAACUUCUUCAACAACAAACAAAGGGUAACAAACUCUGACUAUUACCUGGAUGAACAAUUCAACACUAAUAUAAAAUUGGAAAAUGCACUUUCGGUAAUACACUUAAACAGUAGAAGUCUCUAUAAAAACUUCACAAAAAUUAAAGAAUACCUGACUAAAUUCAAUAAAUUUAAAAUAAUUGCCAUAUCAGAAACUUGGCUUGAUGAAGAUAAAACAACUGAAAUGGAAAUAGAAGGUUAUGAAAUGUUUGCAACUAAUAGAGAAAACAAAAAAGGAGGGGGGGUUGCAAUAUAUGUAGACAAAGCACUUAAAUGCAGUAAAAUCGAGAGAUUGACAAACACAAUAGAAAACCUAAUGGAAUGUCUAACCAUUGAAAUACACAAUAAAAAAGGCAUCAAAUAUCAUCAUAAGUUGCAUCUAUAGGACACCAGGAACAUGUAUUGACACAUUCAAUAAAAAACUAACAGAUAUGCUCAGUUACUACAACGAUAAGAAAACACGAAUAAUAUGUGGUGACUUUAACAUUGACUUAUUAAACCCAAAUAGACACAAAAAAACAAUUGACUUCAUAAAUACUAUAUACAGCAACAGCUUUUUCCCAGUAAUCCUGAAACCUAGCAGAAUAACAGUUGACACGGCCACAUUAAUAGAUAACAUAUUUAUAAAUAAGAUUGAUCAUAAAAUGGAAAGUGGACUUCUCAUUAAUGACAUAAGUGACCACCUACCCGUUUUUGCAGUUUUUCAUAAUUAUUUCGAUAGAAAAGCUAAAUCAACAACUCGUGUAACAGAAAUAAGACUAAGAACCCAACGUUCCAUCGAUGCCUUUAAGCAAGAUCUAGAAAAACAAAACUGGACCGAGGUCUACUCAAACGAAGACCCAAAUACAGCGUUUGAAGUAUUUCAGUCUACCAUAAUCUCCUUAUAUGAUAAACAUUUUCCAUUAACUAAAGUCUCCAAAAAGUAUAAAGACCCAAGUAAGCCAUGGAUAACGAAAGGCAUAGAAAACGCAUGUAAAAAGAAAAACAAUUUAUAUAAAUUGUUUUUAAAAUUCAGAACGGAAGAAGCAGAAAAAAAAUAUAAGACAUAUAAAAAUUAACUAGUAAAUAUAAGAACCAGUAAAGGAGAGCAUUAUCAUGCACUAUUAGAGCAGAAUAAAGGUAACACACAAGAAAUAUGGAAAAUACUUAACCAAGUAAUCAGAAAUAGUCCUAAAAAAAUGGAUUAUCCAGAGUAUUUUAUCAAAGACAAAAAUACUAUUUUGGAAAAAACUGCAGAAAUAGCAACUGAAUUUAAUGAGUAUUUUGUCAACAUCGGCAGUAAGAUAAGAUAAGAUAAGAUAAGAUAUCCUUCGUCGUCCCACACUGGGGAAAUUUACAGCCUCCAGCAGCAAGAAUGUAUGUAGAAAGAAGAAAGAAGAAAGAGAAAAAAAACAACAAACAUCUUUCAAUUAAAUGCAAUAUGAACACAAAAUGGAUAAAUCGCAGUACUAUUUACAAUUUUCCUUCACAUCAUUUAAUUAUUAUUAUUAUCAUGAUUGUUAUUUUUUAUUCAUCAGCCUGACAGCAGUCGGUAGGAACGAGCGUCGGUAUCUCUCCUUCUUGCAGCGCGGGUGUAACAGUCUCUGACUGAAGGAGCUACCAAGUGCUGUCAGGGCGGGCUGGAGGGGGUGGGAGGGACUGUCCAUCAUAGCUUUUAGCUUAGUUAGCAUCCUUCUGUUGCCCACCUCCUCCAGAGUGUCAAGGGAGCAACCCAGGACAGAACUGGCCUUCCUGACCAGUCGCUCCAGUCUCUUUCUGUCCCGGGCUGAGAUGCUGCCUGACCAGCAGACAAUUCCAUAAUGGAUAGUAACCUAGCAAAACAAAUUCCUGAUCCAACAAACCUGUUUGAAAUAGAUAGAUACGUAGAAAAAAACUCCUCCACGAUGUUCCUUACUGCUGUAAGACAAGAAGUAUCAAAUAUUAUAAAAACUUUUAAAAAUAAAAAGUCAACUGAUUGCUUUAAUAAGAUAAGAAAAAAGAAAAACCUUUAUUAGUCUCACAAUGGAGAAAUUCCCAAUUCACAGCAGCAAAGUUAUGAAAGGAAGAAGUAGAACAACAAAAUAUAGGAGCUGCUGGAACAUGAUGAUGUGGUAGACCCUGGGCCUUGAGUUUGACGCCUGUGGAGAGAAUUGUCAUGCAAAAGCCUUUUUUUUUCUCAAGCAAAGUUUGCCUUGUAAUUCGACAUGCCAAGAAGAAAGUAAUGGAUGUUGUCCUUUACUGUGUCAUGUUUCUUUUGUCUGUUAAAACAUGCAUGAUUCUGUGUUAGUGUCACACUGCUUAGGUGUCACUUAGCAGCUGAUGCAGUGACACACUGUAUUGCACUGACACACAUGAAUGUGAAAACACAAAUCAGACAAGGGUUUAAGGUUUCAAGAUGGAUGAAACUUAACAUGUUUUAUUUUUAAGAGACAUGCAGACAGUGGUGGCCCUGUUGGCUCACUCAUCUUAGUGUUUGAGCUUUAUUGUCGGGAAUCAAUUGAAACCCCCCCCCCCCCCACCCCCACCCCUGUGCUAGGUUUAGAUGUGUAAUUCUUUGCAACAAUCGUCUCAAACUGGGUGUAAACAAUAGGAUUUUAUCCGCGUCCCCAAAAGCCAUGAAGGCUCCUUUGAAAGAAAGCAGUCGAGGUUGUUACCACACCAACAAAAA